AUGAACCAAUACCACACAAACCCCACCACCACUACUACCAAAUUUUAUUCCCAAUUCACCCCAAAAUGCAACCACCUCAACCAUCACAACCCCAAACCUCUCUCCUUCAACCUCACCAUAUCUUCUUCUCUCAAAAACCAAUCACAAGACCCAUCAAAGGAUCCUCCUUUUUCACAAACCCUAACUUCAAUUUUCCUCUCGCUGCCGGACUGGGCCGACGCCGUCAAAGAGCGUGGCAUGCAGAGGAAGAGGGGACUCUACACCCACACCGAGUGGCUCCAGCACCGCUCCUCCCUCCGCCACCUCCGCCACCUCCUCUCGACCCUCUCCUCCCGUGUCGUCCUCUCUUUGCUCCCUCCAGUCCUCGCAUUCACAACCUUCGCCGCCGCUAUCGCCGCCUACAACUCCGCCGUCUCCGCACACUUCCUGCUCCCGGAGUAUUUCCCGGUUCUCAGGGCUUCUUCUCUGCCUUACCAGCUCACCGCACCCGCCCUGGCCCUCCUCCUCGUUUUCCGAACCGAGGCUUCAUACGCAAGAUUUGUGGAGGGGAAGAAGGCAUGGACCAAGGUCAUUGCUGGGGCACACGAUUUUGCUACGCAGGUUAUGGCUGUUGUUGAGAGUCCUUCGGAUUUGCCUCUCAAGAAGGCACUUUUGCAGUACAUCAUGGCAUUUCCUGUUGUGCUUAAGUGUCAUGUGUUGUAUGGUUCAGAUGUUAGGAGUGAUCUUCAGCAUGUGCUAGAAGUAGAUGAUCUAGCUAUAGUGAUUAAUUCGAAACAUAGACCUCGGUGCAUUGUUGACUUCAUAUCUCAAAGCAUUCAUCUGCUAAAGUUGGAGGAUGCCAGAAGAAGUGCAUUGGAAUCAAAGAUCUCUUGUUUCCAAGACGGGAUUGGCAUCUGUGAACAACUUAUGGGUAUUCCCAUUCCACUAUCAUAUACUCGCUUGACGUCAAGGUUUCUUGUCCUGUGGCAUUUAACGCUCCCUGUCAUACUUUGGGAUGAUUGUCAUUGGAUGGUGGUUCCUGCUACCUUCAUUAGUGCUGCUUCUUUGUUCUGCAUUGAAGAAGUUGGAGUUCUUAUAGAGGAGCCAUUUCCUAUGCUUGCACUUGAUGCUCUGUGCCAAAAGGCCCAUAACGACAUCCAAGAAUCAAUUGAAGCUGAAAACUUAAUCCACACUCAACUUGUUGCAAAGCAAAAGAAGGCAAAGAAGCACUCCCAGAGCGGCCACACGAAGGAGCAUUCACCAAAUGGCUGGCCUAAUUCCUAGUUUAAAGGGAAACUUUCCACGAAUCUCUCCAACUUUUGCUUAUGAGGUGCCUCUGUACACUACUUGGAAGCCAAAGCUGAUUGGUCACGAAUGCUUCAUGUUAUGUAAUUACUCACAUUAGUUAUGCAAUACUUACAAAAUUUUGAAAAUAGGGCAAAGUUGUGCUCUCUAAUGAUGUAUUCUACUUAUGAAGUGACUCUUCAACUCUGUAUAUAUCAUAAUCCAUGUACAUAUAACUUGGUUCUCAGUGUAUUUAUGGAAUAUUGAUUAUUUAUACAAACCAGUUACUUAUAGCCA